AUGCCACCUCCUGUCGGCAGAUACGGGCCCUCGGGCCUGGCGGCUCCCUACACCCUGCAACAAGCCCACCUUCAAUCCCAACACCCUCACGCACAAUCCGCCAACACCGCUCUACCUCCCCCUUCACUUGGUGGCCACCCUGGUUUCGCUGGAAACCCCAACACCAACAUCAAUCCUUUCCUCUCAGCUGCGGGUGUUACGAACGGUAUGUCGGUUGCUGGAUUCGCCAGCGCAGGCGCAGAUGGUGGAGGCACGGGGCUUGCGAGCCAUGCGGCACAGAUGGGGUUUGCGCGUGGAGCACAGAUACAGCAACAGCAACUACAUCAAGGGCCUGAUGGUCGGUUAGCACUAGAUUCAAAGGCAGGAGCUGUGAAGACCCGGAUACGAGAUGUGUGGAAGCACAAUCUGGCCCAUGAGUUGGCUGUGUUGAGAUCAUUGGUGGACAAAUACCCAUACAUCAGCAUGGAUACGGAGUUCCCAGGAAUUGUCGCACGGCCGAUCGGUUCGUUCACCAACAAGGCGGAUUACCACUACCAAACCCUCCGAUGCAACAUCGAUCUCCUCAAGAUGAUUCAAUUGGGAAUCACUCUUUUCAACGCCGAUGGCGAAGUCGUCCCCGCCACAGCCACGGAUGCUAAUGGACAACCGUACGGUAAUGCCAUGGCACCGGCUCCUUGCACGUGGCAAUUCAACUUCCGGUUCUCCUUGGAGGAAGAUAUGUAUGCGCAGGACUCGACAACGAUGCUCGCCAAAUCUGGAAUCGAUUUCAACAUGCAUGAAAAGAACGGCAUUGACCCCUUCGAGUUCGGGGCACUGCUGAUUAGCUCUGGUCUCGUGCUGCUGGAUGAUGUCCACUGGGUUUCUUUCCACUCCGGUUACGACUUUGGUUAUCUCAUGAAGAUCAUGCUCUGCUCCCAGCUGCCCGAGAACGAAGAGGAGUUCCACAAGCUCCUCACCAUCUUCUUCCCGUCGCUUUAUGAUAUUAAGUAUCUCAUGAAGCACGCCGGCCGCAACCAGGCAGUCAAUGACUCUCCCCUCACCCCGGCCGCUGCACAGAUCCUCUCGAACCUCGGUCAAAAAUCUGGUCUGCAGGAUAUCGCGGACGAGCUCGGUGUCAAGCGGGUUGGAAUUGCCCACCAGGCCGGAUCCGAUUCGUUAGUGACAGGUGAGAUCUACUGGAAGAUGCGCCAGCUGGUUUUCGGCGGGUCGAUCGACGAAAGCAAAUACUCCGGCCAAAUCUGGGGUCUGAACGGCCAGAUGCCGGCAAUGACCUACCACAUGGCACAACAAACGCCCAACCUCAACGGCGCCACCAUCUACUCUGCAAUCGGCACACCCAGUACCCCCAACGCGGGCAUGGGCACCGGCACUCACACACCUCACGGCUACGGCACACCCGGCGGGUACCAAUCCGGCAAGGCAUGA